UUUGUUUUGUGCUAUUAUUUAAUGGUGUAUUUUGUGUAUGCAGCAUAUGGUGUGUAUCAGAAUUCGCCGCACCCGAUCUCCACCUCCAAAGGUAUUCUCUUUUAGAGGGGAUAGAAGCAGGUAUAGUUACACACAUACCUGUUGACGUCGCACGGGAAAACCGUCCGUAUGCUGAAGUCAUUACAGAAGUUGACUUAAAGUUACGAAGUCAGUUGCGUGACUCAGAUAGUGCGCUCAGGUAGUGGUUGGACGCAUCGAGGAUUUCAUUUCCCGUUACACCUGUUGAGGUCGAGUGAUUAUUAAAAAAAAGAAACCGAAAAAAAGUCAAAAGAAAUAUAGUUAUCUUACCCUUAAAAUGUGAACAUGUUGCGUUCAGAGAAGAGACCGGUGCUUGUGCUGAUUGCCAUCCUCAGUUUCCAAUCAUUCGUCUUCGCCAAUCUAUCGUUAACAACAACCCAAUGCGGCUCUUUGACUUGCAAGGAACACCAAUACUGCUCCCAAUACGAUAACCAGUGCAAACCAUGCGAAGACAUCUGCGACAAGAACAAACAUAACACGGAUUCGCAAAUUUGCGAAAGGGAUUGCCAAGAUUAUUUACAUGAUGCCAGAUAUGUAAAAACCGGAGGGAUUAGUGGAGAUUUCUCAUCAAAUGCUCAAGUUGAUAUCCAGAAGGUUUAUAAUUUGGCGGUGACGGCUUUAGUACUUUCAUGCUUUUUAUCCAUUCUCGUGAUUGCCUUGAUUCUUUUCAAAUUAUUUGGAACAGAAAAGAAUAAUAAGUUGAACAUCGAAAACUUGAAAGCACUUUUUACUAAGACGCCUUCUGAAGAUGUGGAGAAUAAAACGCCAAACAAUGGCGUAUCCACGAUCAGCGGGAAACCGGAUUUACGAUUGGAUAUCCCGAGUCCAGGCGUUGAUUCCGACGUCAGUCCUACAACAAUGACAACUUCUAUCAGUCGAAGACCGGCUGAAGAUCUGGCGUACGCUUAUGACAAUCACGCAAUGUCUGCAGCUUCGAGUCCAAAUAACAUCAAAAUUAAUAGAGAUGCCACUUAUUAAUUGAUUUCAAGCCAAUGCAGGUAUUCAAAAUUUAAAUUUAAAAGAAAGAAAUUCAUGUUCUUCAAACUAUUAAAUUCCGUCCACACCAUUCUGAGGUGAAUUAUACUAUCACUCGAAUUACUUACUUUUUAACAUGUUAAAUUAUACGAAAUGCAGAGAAAGAUCUUAAAAAUCGCUUAUUUUCCAAAUAUUCUUUAAAACAUUUAAGUAUGAAGCAGUGCUUCAAUACUAAAUAAUUCAUUAGUGCGCGUUAAGCAACUCAUAGCAGACAUAAAAGUACAUGAAUACGUGAUAACCUAAAUAAUGUAGAAAUGACUAAUUCAAAAAUGUAAACUGUACUUAAUUAAAAUUCACGCAAUGCCUUCGACCACGUUCAACAUCUUUCCACUCAAUGUAGAUUUGAACAUUUGAGAAAUUUAAAAUGUAUUUAUAAUUAUUACUAGUCAUUUAUUAGUAUGGAGAUUGAAAAAAGGACGAAGAGAAAUGAAGGAAUUUUCAGGUUUAAUUUUCUAUGCUUCAACCUUAAACAUGUGCAAUCUUUAAAAGAUUAUAAA